UUAUCCAACAAUGAAUUCUCCAUUUAACAUCCGGUUUCAAGAAAGUUGUUAUGAACGCUGUCGAGGAAAACCAUAUUGACCCUUAUAUAAUACAGCUAUGUUUCAAGUUCAAGUUUGUUCUCCCGUACCUGUAACUGCUUCUCGUUAACCAGUGUCUAGUCUAGUUAUAGACGAAAGUGACUGGAUUUGAUGCUAAGAUUUUAGAUUUUGUACAACAUGUCAAAUCAGCCUCAACGAGUACGGCGAAAUGGGUCCCCAUCCACAUCAAAGCAAGGCCCUAUUAAAGCAGUGAAGGCUUUCUCCCUAAAGCAAGGGCAUUCACAUUUGACAUCAACAUCACCAAGAGACAGUAGUAAAUUAUGGUCAACAAAAUCUGUGGAUGCAAACUCUCCAGAUAGAUUAAGCCCUGGAGGAACGGCAAACGUUUCUUCUCAAGUUUCACUACAUUCACAGUCCCAGAGCCCUAAUCAUUUAAGUAAUAAUGGAGCAAAUAAAGAGAAAAGUAAAAACCUGCGGCACAGUCCGGUUCCUGGGAAAUCUACACGAGCGAGUUCAGUUGAUGCCGUUGUUCCAACUUACCUUACGGGUCACUGGCCUAAGGACAUUAACAAUUACCACCAUUGUCAAACUGAGGGAGUCUUCAUGUGUGACAAAUCAACUCAGACAGUUUCUGAUAUUGAAAAAACUGAGAAAAGAAGAAAAACCCACAAAAGAUCUGCUUCCUUAGGUCAAGGUGAUCACUUGAAACUUCAGUUUAUUAAACAGCAUUUACAGAAAUCCAAAGAAGGCAGCAAACAAUUUGAUGGCAAGCAACGAACAAGUCCCAUUCCUGGCAAACACUCAGCUCUUUCAUUUACUGCCCCUCCAGCAUUGUGCACACAGCUGUGCAAAGCAGUCACUCAUCUUGGACCUGUGUCUAGACCCAACAUGAAUAGAUUCCAGAGAAAUAGUGUGGAAGGUUUGAAUACCGAGAUUGAAAAACUUGUAUCAAGUGUGAAGUCUGUGAGUUUAUCCAGUAGUGAUGGUGAUGAUAAUGUAUUCAGGGAAAUACCUGAUGGACACAGAGCACCUGCACCAGAAUUGAAUCGUUUAAGUUGCACUAGAAGUGUGGAUACUCAAACCCCCUUGGAGCAGCUAGAUGUAGCACUGCCUGCUUCCCAUCUAUUACCAUAUAGUCCAGUUACACCAACAAGGCCUAAAAGUGUUGACAAUUACAGCAUACUCAGAAGCAGGUCCAACUCAAUAGACAGCAAAUCUAGCAAAGAAAACUCACCAGAGCCAUCGCCAUAUGUUGUAAGUCCAAAAUUAGAAACAUCUUGUCCAUUUGUGCGUGAACCUCCUGAUGGCUGUGAAAAAAUUACAGUUGUUGAUGAGUCAAGGCGUCCUCUUAUAAAAGAGCCAAUGCUAUUUUCACCAGUCAAGCCAAAUCAGUUUGUCUUUAAGCCAAGUCAAGGCUCAGCUUUCUGUCCACUAAUUAAAAGCUAUUUGGUGGAUUGACUGACAUAGGGCCCUGAUUUCUUCUGCUAUGAAAAUAUGUACACAUGGAAGUCAGAUCUGCACCUGGGAUAAUGUUGUACCUACCAAGUUUGAACAGUACACUUUAUAACAGCUCUUUCUAUAAAUUUUGUUUUCAUAAAGUUCAAACCACAAAAAAAAAUUUACCUUUGCAUACAUUUAUAAUAGAUUUAAUUUCAAAAUAUUACUAGCCACACCUAUCUUAGUAACAGGACAUAUCUUUUUUUUUUUAAUCCUGAUGUAGUUUCAUAAUGAUGGCACUCAUUUUUGAACCAUUUAUCUUUCCUUAACAAAUGACCUGAAAAAUAACUAGUUGCUGCUUCGAAGCUGUUCACAUGUUUCUUUCACCCACUUUAACCAACCGGUUUUCUAUAAAAUUUAAGUAUCCCUGAGACCUGUACCUCCCUCUCUCAUUAAUAUGAAUCUGACUUAGUCUAAACUGAUAUUCUAACGAUUUUUUUUACAUGCAUCGAAACAUUUUAAAAUUGCUUUUUUAUUGCAUCUAAUUUUUUAAAUAUGAAAAAAAACACUUCAAAAUAUCAAAAGUCAGGAUACUUCCCUUUUUUUUUUUUUUUUUAAUCUUGUUGAAAUAGUAUUUAGACUUUGGAAUGGACUGGUUGCAAUAAAUAUUUUGGUCUACAUGAAAAAUGUCCCAUACCUACAUGAUAACCUACCAGCAAUAACAACAAAUAAAUCAGUGCCAAGUUAAUAUAAUAAAUGUACUUUGUAUUGCAUGGCCUGGCUUUGCAUGAUAUUUGUUGAGAGGCAAGUAUAAAACAGAGAUAUACUAACUUUCAUGCAGUGCCCAGAGAAAAAUAACAUUGAUGUGUGGAACUUUUCUCAAGCCUGAUUGGCAGCUAAUUUAUACAUUAAUAUACCAAAAUUAUUGAAAAUACGUUGGCAAAACAAAAAACAUUUUCAUAAAUUUGUUUUAUAAACAUAUUUCAUAAGAUCUAAGUGUUCUUCUAUCCUAUGUCAAGUUUAGAUUUAGAGAAACAUGUAUAAGAUACCUUAAGGGUAAAUUGAGAUUCUUGGUAUGAUUGAAUCAAACAAAUUAAAUAUUCCAAAAUGGGAGGUGUUAAUAAGUAAAAUCUUUCUUCAUUAUGCUUUAUUGUGAUAGAAUUUGGAAAACUGAUGUUGAAAAAAACUGAUGACUUGUAUUAGUAACAAUAAGGUUUUUUGUUGUUUUUUUUUAAGUUACCUUGUGGAAAAGGUAAAUUGUAGGUAGACGCUGAGCAUCUGUUACCUCUGUGAUGAUUUACUUUCUUUGAUUUGAAUGUCCAGGAGUAAAUCUUUGAGUUGGCAGCAAUUCUCUGUUUCCAUAGAUACAAUAUUACACUCUGUCACUGCUGUAGAAUAAGUUGCCAACUGGAAUUUGAAUAUUAUAAUAGUUGUCCAUUUUGAAUUUCUCCUUUUAAAUGGAACUAAUGCUUUUCAUAAUUGUUACUCUAAAUGUGUUUAUUCAUCUCUUAAUUUUUGUUAUUGAUUUUUUUUAAAUUUUUCCAAGGCUAAAGGGGGGAAAGAAAUGUGUGGCAUCAGUCAGAUGUCUGGCUACAAAACAGGACAUUUUGGCCAAGAGCCAUUGUUAUUUAUUCCAACUGUUAAGGAUGCCAACUACUGUUGUGGAAAACAAAGCAGGAGAAUGCGACUAGUUUGAAAGAAAUGUGAGUGGGCCAGUGUUUAACUCUUUCUCUCCGUAAUUAUUUACCACUUUCUGGUGGAAUCAACGUUGGUAUCGUCAGUUAGGAGAGAAAGAGCUAAUAAAAAGAUUAGUUUUAGGGUAUGGGGUAAAUAUGUAUCUUUUUAUCCCACACAUGACUUUUUCUGUUAUGUUGUAUUAUUGUAUAAUCAUUUAGUGUCCCCUAGAAUGGACUGUUUAAAUAAAUUAAAACGGUGGAAACAAUUUUCAAGGACUUUCAAGUGUUUUUGCAGCCAUGUUUUCAAAUGUAUAUCCUUCCUCUGCUUCUACAGAUGAAUAGGCUUACGAAUUAGCUUAUGAAGUUUUAACAAUUAUUUUAGUCAUAGAAAUUGUUCAAGAGAAUACAUUUUUCCUAUCAGUAAACACAUUAUGUACCAGGUUUUACACAAAAUAGAAACCUAUUAGUGCAAUAGAUUUCUUUCCUUUGUUAGUUUCUUCUGGAUUGUUAAUGUUUAAUUCAUUGUGAAGAUGUUUCAGUUGUUUUAAUGUAUUGACUGCAUCUUGUCUAAUUCAUAUUCAGAGGAUUUACUAUAUUUAAGUUUAUUUUAUUUGAAAGUAAGUUAACUUUCUAGCAUUAUUAAACAGUUGGCAUGGUAAAACAUAAAAAAAAAACAUCAAAAAAUUGUAAAGAAAAAAUUAAGAAAAAAAAGUUAAACUUAAAACCACUAAUCUCUCUUAAUUUUUUAUCUGAUUCCUUUUUAUUCAAUCUUCCAUUCAAUUAUUUUUUAAAGUAUAAAACUUUUUUUUUUCAUUUUGUAUUACAGGGGUUUUUAUUUAUUUCUUAUUUACAUGUCUUAUUUUUAAUUAUUUCAUACUGAAGUUCGUAUUAAUUAAUUUUAAUUAAAUAGAUGCCAUAAUGUUUUGUUUACUUCAACUAUGAAGGAAAAAUUUAUAACCCUUCAUUGGUGUUUAAUUUUUUUUUUCCCCUCUACUUUUUGAAAUUAUAAAUAUUUGCAUGUUUGGUUUUAACCCGUUCAUCCUCAAAGAAAUAGAAAAUUGUUAGUGUUUACUAGUUUAGAGAUAAGUAAUUUUAACUGUUUGUGUUCAGGGUUAGAUAAUUGUAACUGUCAGUGUUCAAGGUUAGAAGAUAAAAUCUUGGUUUAUGGGGAUAGGAAUUACAAUUGUCAAGAAUGAGAUACUUUACCUGAAUUUGUCCAAAAUGUUAUGGCUUAAUUCUGAUGAGUUCUACAAGUGGUUAGCAUUUUAUUUUCACAUGUUUCAAUGUGCACAUUAUUAAAAUGAUCAAAAAAAAAUAGCUUUUUGUGAUGUAAAUGUUUCAGAAAUUGUUUUAUUGAAAAAAAAAAUUCUCCACCAUUUUUGUAUCCAGUCCAUGUAAUCUUCAAGCGCCGUUCUUUCAUUAUUUGCUGGACCGCAUUUGUCCACCAUGACAUACCGUCCAUUUGACUCCUCUGGGUUAACAUUUCAAAUAAAUUGUUUUUGUUUAUCUGAAAUGGUUUACUUUUCACUGGAUCUGUCUUGGAGAUUUGUGUUUUAAAAUCUGAUUUACUAAGAAAUGUUUUAAUGAAAGUACAGUGACUCUUGAUAGUUCAGCACUUCAUAAUCUAGUAUACUCAGUUAUCCGACGCGACAUUGAUGUAUGAAUGGUAUAUUUUUAAAAUGUAGGCAGGUUUAAAUUGUAAUUUAAUACAGUAUUUGUAAUCAUGUUAAUAUCUUUUAGAUCAAUCAAUUUUAGUUGUUCAUCUAUUGUUUUAUCUUAUACCCUUAAAAGUCUAGGAGAACAUCUUAUCAUAAAUAGAAUUUUCUUGACAUAUACAAUUGUUUAAAGUACAGAUGAAAUUUGGUAACCCUACAUUUUCGGUAAUCUUACAAUACUGUUAGACUAUCAAGAGUCAACUGUAUUUCAAUGUUGGUUACCUGGGGUCGAUGCAGGCUAUUGAUUGUUGAAUUGUUUGAAGCAAAAUGUUAUUGUUGAAUUGGUUGAAGUGAGAUGUUGAUUGUUGAAUUGGUUGAAGUGAGAUGUUGAUUGUUGAAUUUGUAAAAUUGAAGCACUCCACUGUUAAGGAACAUCAAAUAGUUUUAGGAACUGUUGUUUUUUUUUUAAACUUUCCAAAAUACCAUGAACACAUUUUGUUUAGUAAACAUGUUUGAAUUUGGUAAAACAUUUCAUAAAGUCUUUAUCCUUUCAAAAAAAAAAUAUGGAUUAAAAGUAAUUAUAAAAUAUAACUUUUUUUUCUAUUAUCAGCCAUGAAAUUGAUGUUUAAAUUAGCCACAGUAAGCUGAACCUUUUUUUUAUACAAUGAUAAAAUGUCAGAAAAGACAUUUUCUAGUAUUUAUCAUUUAAUUUUAAUCUUUGUUGACCAAAAGAUUAGAUAUCUAAACAGUAACAUAAAACUCAACAACAAAAAGAAAUAACUUUCACAUUGAAACUUUGGGACCAUUAUUACUACGUUUUUGUUUCAAAUGUUACUGGGUUUUUAUUUGUUUUAUUGUGUUUUGAAGCAUUCGGUUUACCCAUUACUAUUAUUGCUUUUGUUUUCUUUUUUUUGUCCAUUUUUUUUUUUUUAAGUUUAAAACAACAAUUUCUGCUUUGAAAAGUCCCAGAUUUUUGCAUUACAAGUAACAAUUUUAUAAUUGUUUGAGUUGGAAGUAUGUAAAAAUAAUGCAAUGUAUAAAAAGUCACCCAUUCAUGUACUGGUGACAAAAAUACUGCUUUAUGAAUCUCUUUGUUUUAUUCUAUUAAUGCUGGUUGGUAUGAUUGUGAUCUUGUUGUAGCCUGAUCUUUAAUUUAUUGAAAAAAAAAAAAUAAAACAAGUAUUUCACAAUUAAGGAAAAAAAAAAUGUUAACUAGUAUUAUUUAACACAUUUUGAUUUCUCUCAACAUUGUUGACAUUGCUAGAUUUUGUUGGAUGAUAUUACAUGAGGGAUUCUAUUCCUAUAAUUGUAUGAUAAUUGAAAUGUCAAAUUGUUGGUCACUAAUUCUACAUGUUUGGAAAUAUUUUUUUAAAGUAUUUAGUAACAGCUAUUAAUUUGCAGACACUUGUACAGUGGUAAGAUAUUUUCAAAUAAAACAUAUUGUUUUAAAGGCAAAAAAAAAUUUAAUCUAAGUACUGGAAUAUUUUGUUCACAAAUGAUGGUAAUAACAAUACACGUUUUGUAAACAUUUUUGUCUCUUAGGCUAAUUCUACUCAAUCUUAUUCAAAUUGUUGAUAUCAUUUUACUUUGUAUUCUAAUGAAUUCUUUAUAUUCAAUUUACUUAGACCCUCAAUGUAUUCUUGUUUCCAGUUUCUUCCAAGUGCAUAUAGUUAAUGUUCUAUGUUCUUAGAAAGAGGUUAUACUGAUGUACAGAAAGAAUGUUUUAAUUUGUUGUUUCAAUAAAAGUCUAGUUAACUAAGUUAAA